AUGUCGCUCCGGCCGAGCGAGCGGGAGCUGAUGCGGAAGGGCAACUACAAGCAGACGGUGGACGCGGAGGAGAGCCGCCGCCGCCGCGAGGGCCAGAUGGUGGACAUCCGCAAGGCCAAGCGCGAGGAGAGCCUCCAGAAGAAGCGCCGCGACGGCUUCCCCGCCUCCGCCGCCGGCGCCGUCCCGCCCAUGGGCCACUCCACCGCGCUCCAGCAGAAGCUCGAUGGCUUGCCGGCGAUGGUGCAGGCCGUCCUCUCCAACGACCCCGCCGUGCAGCUUGAGGCCACCACGCAGUUCAGGAAGCUGCUCUCCAUAGAGCGUAGUCCACCAAUUGAGGAGGUGAUCAGCACAGGAGUGGUGCCCCGAUUUAUUGAGUUCCUUACACGUGAGGACCACCCCCAACUUCAGUUUGAGGCUGCAUGGGCGCUCACCAACAUUGCCUCAGGCACAUCAGAGAACACCAAGGUGGUGGUUGAGAGUGGUGCUGUGCCCAUCUUUGUCAAGCUCCUCAACUCCCACAGCGAGGAUGUUCGUGAACAGGCUGUGUGGGCUUUAGGUAAUGUUGCUGGUGACUCCCCAAAGUGCCGUGAUCUGGUGCUUGGCCAUGGUGGGCUAUUCCCCUUGCUGCAGCAGCUUAAUGAGCAUGCUAAGCUCUCGAUGCUCAGGAAUGCUACAUGGACUCUCUCCAACUUCUGCCGUGGGAAGCCACAACCAAACUUUGAUCAGGUCAAACCAGCAUUGCCAGCACUGCAGCGCCUUAUCCACUCUCAGGAUGAGGAGGUCCUAACUGAUGCCUGCUGGGCUCUCUCGUACCUAUCUGAUGGGACUAAUGACAAAAUCCAAGAUGUUAUUGAAUCUGGCGUAUUCCCCCGCCUUGUGGAACUUCUGAUGCAUCCUUCGGCCUCUGUACUCAUUCCUGCUCUGCGCACGGUGGGUAACAUUGUGACUGGGGAUGACAUGCAGACUCAGUGUGUCAUUGACAAUCAAGCACUUCCAUGCCUUUUGAACCUCCUGACUACCAACCACAAGAAAAGCAUCAAGAAAGAAGCAUGCUGGACGAUCUCAAACAUUACAGCUGGUAACAGGGAACAGAUUCAGGCCGUGAUCAAUGCAAACAUAAUUGCACCUCUGGUGCAACUUCUGCAAACUGCUGAAUUUGACAUCAAGAAAGAAGCAGCGUGGGCAAUUUCAAAUGCCACUUCUGGUGGCACACAUGAUCAGAUCAAGUACCUUGUUGCCCAGGGGUGCAUUAAGCCACUCUGUGACCUGCUUGUCUGCCCAGAUCCCAGAAUUGUAACAGUUUGCUUGGAGGGUCUUGAGAACAUCUUGAAGGUUGGCGAGGCAGAGAAAAACCUUGGUGGAGGCGAUGUCAAUGUCUACGCACAGAUGAUUGAUGAUGCUGAGGGCCUGGACAAGAUUGAGAACCUGCAGAGCCAUGACAACACCGAGAUAUAUGAGAAGGCUGUCAAGAUGCUCGAAUCCUACUGGCUGGAGGAGGAAGACGAUGCCAUGCCCUCAGGCGACAAUCACCAGAAUGGCUUCAACUUUGGGAACCAGCCCUCUGUUCCAUCAGGUGGAUUCAACUUUGGCUGA